CUUUUUCGGUGAAGUCAUAAGAAGUCUAGUGCGAUACUCUCCAGCGUGAUAAGAGGUGGACCAGUCUAUAUAAAUAUACCGCCAAAUACAGGCCAUAGCUGACAGGCUAGAACCGAAUUUUUAUUAUUUAUCCCAACUAGGUAGGCGAUUGAAGCAAGAAAAUGGCAUCAGAAAGGAAAUCAGAUGCGGAUAUAGAAAGUACAUUGGAAUCGUUGAUGAUCUCUGAAUCAGACAGUAAUCUUGAGGGAGAUCUUGAUCCCACUUCGAAUACGAUAAAUAAAUUAAGUGAAACUGAUAAAGACGUAGGUGGAAAUAAAGAAGAUGACAGCAGUGGAGAGCAGACGAAAACAUCAGUUAAGUCCAACGACACAAUUUGCACAGAAUGUAAUAUAUCGUUGUCUGGAAAAAAAUAUCUUAUGAGAAAUGAGAAUUCAUGUUGUGUCCAAUGUUACGAAAAACUCUAUUCCAACACCUGCGAAGCGUGUCAAAAAGUUAUUGGAACAGAAUUCAAGGAUGUUUGUUACGAAGACAAACACUGGCAUGAAAACUGUUUUAUUUGCUGCUGUUGUGAAAAAUCGCUUGUUAACGAGCCAUUUGCCACUAAAGAGAAUAGUUUGUAUUGCGCAAAUUGCUAUGAGGAACAAUUUGCGAUGAGAUGCGAUUCCUGCACUAAACCUCUAAGAGGAGGGAUGAAAAAGUUUGAAUAUGAUGGGAAGAAAUAUCACGAAGAGUGUUUUGUGUGUUUUUUAUGCUCAGAGCCCAUUGGGAGUAGGUCGUUUGUUCCGAGAGAGGGUAAUAUUACUUGUAUUGGUUGUUAUGAGGAGAAAUUUUCUCAGAAAUGUACAGCCUGCACAAAACCAAUUACUAAGGGAGGGGUUGGCUAUAAAGGAAAUCCCUAUCAUAAAGAUUGCUUUACUUGUACUGAAUGUAGUCUACCUCUUGCUGGAGAGAAAUUCGCUUCGAAAGAUGAACAGCCAUACUGCAUAAAUUGCUAUGCAAAACUAUUUUCAAAAACUUGCAGCCGUUGUUCAACGGCAAUUACAGGCUUAGAUGGAUCUAAGGCGGUGGUCUACGAAGACCGACACUGGCAUACUAACUGUUUCUCCUGCAGCAGCUGUUCAACUUCAUUGGUUGGUCAAGGCUUUGUACCUAGUGGAAGUGAUAUUUUAUGCGAAAAAUGCGCGCAAUAA